CGUGACACUUGUUUCACACGGCCUGACACACCCCUAUUGGCGUUUCCAGCUUCUGAUUGGUCAGGCCGUAUUUCCCACCAGCCAGCUGCUGUUCUGUCUUCUCCUCAGCGUCGGCGCCGUGUCAGCUGCUUAGCGCACCUCACGUCACGUGAUCCCCGCUCUCCUCCCGUCCCGGCUUCCGUAGUGCUGACAGCAGUUGCUGUGCGCUGCCGUACUGUCACACUUCCUCAUCACCGGCACUACGACCUAGUACACGUUCCACUAUGAGCGGCUCCAUGUCUAACUCCAGCACGGGCCUCACGUACAACCAGGACUACAGCACUGGCGGAGGCGGCGGAGAGUCUACAGAGCUGGCACAGGAGGCCACACCGGGCGGGGGCAGCUCCACACCGGCUGGCCUGGGACUGUUCAGCGUUGAUCUAAAGAAGAAUGAAGACUUGGUGCAAAUGUUGGAAAGCAACAAAGACUCUGCCAAAUUAGAAGCAAUGAAAAGGAUUGUAGGGAUGAUCUCACAUGGAAAAAACGCCUCUGAGCUAUUUCCGGCUGUUGUGAAGAAUGUAGCCAGUAAAAAUAUUGAGAUAAAAAAGCUGGUUUAUGUUUACCUGGUACGAUACGCAGAGGAACAACAAGACUUGGCGCUAUUAUCCAUCGCUACAUUUCAGCGUGGUUUAAAGGAUCCUAACCAGCUGAUUCGUGCAAGUGCCCUGAGAGUGUUAUCCAGUAUCCGUGUGCCAAUUAUUGUCCCCAUAAUGAUGCUGGCUAUAAAAGAAGCCUCCGCAGAUUUAUCUCCCUAUGUGCGGAAGACAGCAGCACAUGCUAUCCAGAAGCUGUAUAGCCUUGAUCAAGAACAAAAGGACAUGCUCAUAGAGAUCAUAGAGAAACUUCUGAAAGACAAAAGCACACUUGUGGCCGGUAGCGUAGUGAUGGCAUUUGAAGAGGUAUGUCCGGAUAGAAUUGAUUUGAUUCACAAAAAUUACCGGAAGCUGUGUAACCUGUUGGUGGAUGUGGAGGAGUGGGGACAAGUGGUGAUCAUCCAUAUGCUGACUCGAUAUGCACGUACGCAGUUUGUCAGCCCCUGGAAGGAGGAUGAAAUGUCAGAGGAUGCAACAAACAAUUUUUAUGCUUCAGACGAAGAAAAUGAGAAGGAAGCGAACCAGAAAAAACCAUAUACAAUGGAUCCAGACCACAGGCUUCUCUUACGGAAUACCAAGCCAUUGCUGCAGAGCAGGAACGCUGCGGUUGUUAUGGCAGUAGCACAGCUGUAUUGGCAUUUGGCACCGAAAUCUGAAACCAGUACAGUUGCCAAAUCCCUGGUACGCCUUCUCCGCAGUCACAGGGAAGUGCAAUAUAUUGUUCUUCAGAACAUAGCUACGAUGUCUAUACAGAGGAAGGGCCUGUUUGAGCCAUUUCUAAAGAGUUUCUAUGUCCGAUCAACCGAUCCGACCAUGAUAAAGACGUUAAAGCUUGAAAUUUUGACAAAUUUGGCAACUGAAGCAAAUGUCUCCACCCUGCUACGCGAAUUCCAGACCUAUGUAAAAAGCCAGGACAAACAGUUUGCUGCAGUCACAAUCCAAGCAAUAGGAAGAUGUGCGACCAACAUCUCUGCUGUGACUGACACGUGUCUUAAUGGCCUUGUAUACUUAUUGUCAAACAGAGAUGAUGCCGUUGUUGCAGAAAGUGUGGUCGUCAUUAAAAAACUACUACAAACCCAGCCGUCACAUCAUGGUGAAAUCAUCAAACACAUGGCGAAACUCCUCAGCAAAAUUACUGUUCCCAUGGCAAGAGCCAGCAUUCUGUGGCUUAUUGGAGAGUACUGUGAGCGAGUGCCUAAAAUCGCACCUGAUGUUCUGCGCAAGAUGGCAAAAAGCUUCACUAAUGAGGAUGACCUUGUGAAGCUGCAAAUAUUAAACCUUGCAGCAAAGCUUUACUUAACCAACUCCAAACAGACAAAGUUGCUUACUCAGUACAUAUUAAAUCUGGGCAAAUAUGAUCCGAAUUACGAUAUCCGGGACCGCACACGUUUCGUGAGACAGCUUAUUGUUCCGAAUGAGAAGAGUGGAGCGCUGAGCAAAUACGCCAAAAGGAUCUUUUUGGCCCAAAAACCUGCCCCUGUACUUGAAUCUCCGUUCAAAGAUCGAGAUCGUUUUCAGCUUGGAACUCUGUCUCAUACACUGAACGCUAAGGCUACUGGGUAUCUGGAGCUGUCUGAUUGGCCGGAAGUAGCACCUGAUCCGAGUGUUCGCAAUGUGGAAGUAAUUGAACCUGCUUCAGCUUGGGAAACAUCGGUCAGAAAACCCAAAAAAGUAAAAUCUACAUCAGAUAAGUUUUAUUCAGAGUCUGAAGAAGAGGAAGAUGCGUCUGCUGCAUCCAGCGAAAAUGAGUCUGACAGCGAGGAGGGCAGCAGUGAUCAGGAGGAAAGUAGCAGUGAGGAUAGCGAUGCCAGCUCCUCAGGUGAAGAAGAGGAAGACUCAAAUGAUGAAAAACACCCAAACAAAGGGAAGAAAAAAAAACAUGCCAGUGAAUCUGACGAUGAGAAGAACGGAAACGCAGCAGAAAGUGAGGAGUCCAGUUCCUCAUCUGAUGAAAGUUCAGACUCUGUUUCACAGUCGGAAUCGGGAUCUGAUAGCGAGUCACUGCCACAGACACCUAAACAUGCGACUAACGCUAAGAAAGCUGAAAGGAAACCCACACAGGACAAGGCACCUACUAUAAAGAAAGACAUCUCUCUCCUAGAUCUAGAUGACUUUAACAGUUUACAAUCUCCUGUAGCUGUUCCCAAAGCUGCAAUCCUUUCUCCUAGCUUAAUAGGAGAUCUACAAGGUUUAUCCCUAUCUACCUCAUCUCCAGUAAUAAAUGUAAGCGUGCCAUCAUUUGUCCCUACGACGACGCAUGAUCUUCUCCAUCGAAUGAGUGGCAAAGGUCUGUCGGCGCACUAUUACUUCCCGCGACUGCCAUGCAUUUUCGGAGUUCAAAUGGUCUCUGUGCAAAUUACAUUUCAUAAUACCAGUGACAAGGACAUAGAGAAUAUUCACAUAGAAGGAAAGAAGACCGAUUUGAAGAUGCACUUGUUCAGUCCAAUAGAUUCUCUGGAGCCAGAGGGAUCCAUUACGGUCUCAAUGGGUAUUGACUUCUGUGAUUCCACUCAGACUGCCAGCUUUCAGUUGUGUACUAAAGAUGAUCAGUUUUCUGUUGGGAUUCAGCCGCCACCAGGAGAACUUCUCCUACCAGUAACCAUGUCGGAAACAGACUUUAGGAAAGAGCAAGCAAAGCUGACGGGUAUGAAUGAGCAUUCAGCAACUAUUACAGUAUCCCCACAGAGCAGCAUACCGCAGGCCGUGGCACAGAAGUUCAUUGCAGCUGCCAACCUCGGGGUAGUUCCUUCAGGACAAAACAACAUAUACAGGUUUGCAGCAAAGACUGUGCACAGUGGGUCAUUGAUGCUGGUCACAGUGGAGCUGAAGGAAGCCUCUACAGCACAGCUCAUCAUAAACACUGAGAAGACGGUGAUUGGCUCUAUUCUGCUGCGGGAGCUGAAGCCUGUCCUGUCCCAAGGGUAGCCAGCUUACAUCUGGACUUCAGAAUCUGGCACACAACAAAAGUGCCUGGCAUCCACUACUGCUGCCUUUCAUUUAUAAUAAUAGCCUUUCCAUCUGGCAGUAGUGGGAAGAAUACACUCUGGACAAUCUUGUCUUUGCUUCAGAAUGAUAGUGGAGCUUGUGCUAACCAAAGAUCAUAUGUUUCUCUCUCGGUUAUCUCUGCUUUUAAACACAUUUACCGUUUGUUACAUUUGCUAGAUAUCAUCUCAAAACAUUUUUAGGUUUUCAUGGUUUAUUUUUAUUUUUUUCUACCAGUCCUGUACCUACCGGAGUCCAGUAAGAGAUGGUUCUGUAGUGUUCCACGCAAGGUACAUCUGAGGUACCGAAGUGUGGUGAUUGCUUAAUGUAUACGUUUCACAUAUCGCCCCCCUCGUCACUUUAUUUUUAUUUUAUUUUUGUUAAAUUGGAUCUUUAUCGGCAACCGUUUUACAAGUGUACAAAUCAUUCCUUUUUCUUUUUACAUUCUUGAUUACAUGUGUUACUGAACAGGCUGCCAAAGUAAUUAUUUCUCACAAAGUAUUUCUGUGUAUGUAUAAUAGCCAAAUAAAACAUUUCAAGAGUUCUA